AUGAGCACUGUGAGGGUUCUCCUUGCAAUUGCCGCAGCGAAGAACUGGCACCUUCAUCAGCUUGAUGUGAAUAUGGCUUUUCUUCAUGGCGACCUUCAUGAAGAUGUUUACAUGAAGCUCCCAAAGGGACUGCAAUGUUCGAAUCCCAAGUUAGUUUGCAAAUUGACGAAGUCUUUGUACGGCUUGAAGCAGGCUAGUCGCCAGUGGAACAUCAAACUCUCUGCUGCUCUUGCUGACUUGGGGUUCACUCAAUCUAAAAAUGAUCAUUCAUUGUUUACUAAAUCCACCGGUACAAGAUUUACUACCAUCCUUGUUUAUGUGGAUGAUCUAGUGCUGGCAGGGAACGAUCUGGAUGAAAUUCGGGCUGUUAAGAUUUUCUUAGAUGAUAAAUUCAAGAUUAAGGAUCUUGGCAUCCUCAAGUUCUUUAUUGGUAUGGAGGUAGCGCGCAACAAAACCGGUAUUGCACUGUAUCAAAGGAAGUAUGCAUUAGACUUAAUCACGGAUUGUGGCUUACUUGGUGCCAAGCCAGCUUCUACGCCUAUGGAGUACACUACCUUCCUGUCUAAGGAUUCAGGUUCUCCUCUUCCUGAUGCAACCAUGUAUCGCAGAUUGGUGGGCAGACUUCUAUAUCUUACAAAUACAAUACCUGACCUUAGCUAUUCAGUUGGGUGCUUAUCUCAGUUCAUGGAUUCACCCACUGAUGCUCACUUGACGGCAGCCUAUCGAAUCCUUCGAUAUCUUAAGCAAUCCCCUGCAACAGGCCUAUUUUUCUCAAGCAACAAUUCCUUUACACUGUCUGGUUACACAGAUUCUGAUUGGGGUGCUUGCAAAGACACUAGAAAAUCUAUUAGUGGCUAUUGCUUCUUUCUUGGCAACACUCUCAUUUCUUGA